AUGAAGAGGAAGAAGAAGGGAAAAUCGUCACAGUCGUCGAAGCCAAUUACGCUUCUAACACUGAGAGCAGCCAAAAAGGAAGAAGAACCCAGUAGUCGCAGCAAAAGCCAAUUGCAAUUGGUCACCACCACCACACCCUUCAGACUCCCCGAUGAUUGGUCCGUUGAGGAAAAGCGCCGUCCCAUCAGAAAUACCUCCAGCCCCGGCCGAAUUGACAAGUAUUACAUUGAGCCUGGCACAGGAUUGAAGUUUCGUUCGUUGCCAGCUGUACAGAGAUACCUAACAGAAGGGCAAAUCGAAACACAUAUGAAGAAACUAAAACCAGGCAGUGAAUGCAAUAUGCAAAUUAUACCAGGCAACACCUGUACUUCGUCCUUUAUACUACCUGAUGAUUGGGAAAUUGAGAAAAAGCGACGAAAGAAUUCUCGGGUUAUAGACAAGACUUAUAUUGAGCCAGGGACUGGACAGCGGUUUCGUUCUUUAAGAGCUGUUGAGAGAUACCUAACAGAAGGAAAUGAAAAUACUCCACUUAAGCUUUCGCUUUGCUCUGGCGAUCAGAAUAUAAAAAGUUUGCCUGAGGUCCAGUCCCAGAAAGUUGUUUCUACACCUCUGGAUAUAAAUAUUUCUGGCGAAAGCGAUAGACCAUCCAAGCUCAAUUUAGGCAGACCACCAGUAAAAGUGAAUUGGGUCCUCGCAGGUCGUGGAGGAAACAUGUGGAACCCCUUCAUGGACGAUUCUGAGGUCUCCGGUUGUGUAAAGCAAAAGUGGUUCGAGACUUUUAAAUCAUCCAUGUAUGGUGGAGACAUUAGUGCACCAAGCCCCAAACAAACAAACACCUUUGCUAGAGUCACCGACAGUAGGGUGACAAUGAAGAAGAGCAGAUGGUCACAGUCCAACCCAAUUCCGCUUCCAACAAAAAGGCCAGCCGGAGAAGAAGAAGAAGAAGAAGAACCUAGUCGUCACAGCAAAAGGGAACUGCAAUUGGUCACCACCUCACCCUUCAGACUCGCCGAUGGUUGGUACGUUGAGGAAAAGCGCCGUCCCCUUAGCAAUACUUCGCACCCCGGAAAAAUAGACAGGUUUGCUAUGUUUGGCUUGAUGCCUUGGCCACCCAGCCAUCUUGAGCCCUUUCAUGUCAUUGGGCAGUAUUACAUUGAGCCUGGCACGGGACUGAAGUUUCGUUCGCUGUCAGCUGUACAGAGAUACCUCACAGAAGGGAAAAUCGAAACACGUACCAAGAAUUCAGAACCAGGCAAUGAAUGGAAUAAGCAAAUUACACCACGCACCACCUGGAGCACUUCAUCCUUUAGACUACCUGAUGGCUGGGAAGUUGAGGAAAAGCAACGAAACAAUUCUUGUAUCAUAGACAAGACCUAUAUUGAGCCAGGGACUGGACAGCGGUUCCGAUCUUUAAUAUCUGUUGAGAGAUACCUAACAGGAGCAAAUGAAGAUACACCUCUCAAGGCAUUGAUACCUGCCAAUAAGUCUGGUCUUUCAACUGGCUCAGGCCGUCAGAAGAUGAAAAGUUUGGGUGAGAUACAGUCCCAGAAAGUUGUCUCUAGUUCUCUGACGAGAAAUAUUUCUGGUGCAAACGAUAGACCCUCCAAGCUCAAUUUCGGCAGACCACCAGCAAAAGUGAAAUGGGUCCUCGGAGGUCCUGGGGGGUGUAUGUGGAACCCCUUCAUGGACGAAUCAAAGGUCCCUGAUUCUGUAUUACAAAAGUGGUCCGAAACUUUCGUUUCAUCCGUCUAUGGUGGUAACAUUGGUGCACCAAGGUCUUAA